UUGAGUUUAGGGUUAGGUUGCCAGUUAGGCUUUUGAAUCUAGGGUUUCUGUUGGACUGCCACAGAUUUUCUUAGAAGAUGAAGAAGAAGAAGAACAAUAAAACAACCGUAGAAGGCAAGUUCCGAUUCGACCUCGACACCUGCUCCAAGCGCAGGGAUCUCUCUGGCGCCGUCGCACUCUUCGAAUCCGCAGUUUCCCAAAAUUUCCGUCUCAUUCACUACCACUUCAAUGCUCUUCUCUACCUCUGCACUAUAUCAAUCGAUGAACCUUCCUCCAAAGCUCUAGCCCUAGACUAUGGUUUUCGCAUAUUCGAUCACAUGGUUAACAGCGGCGUCACCCCCAACGAGGCCACCAUCACCGCCGUCGCCCGCCUGGCCGCCGCGAAGUCUGACGGGGAUCUCGCGUUCGAGGUGGUCCGAACAAUGGGGAAGUUUGAGCUCUCGCCGCGGCUGCGGACGUAUGGGCCCGCGUUGUUCUGGUUUUGCGCGAACUUGGAGGGCGAAAAGGCGUGGGCAGUGGAGGAGCAUAUGGUUUCGAUGGGGGUGCAUCCGGAGGAGCCGGAGCUGGCCGCGCUGUUGAAGGUGAGCGCGGAGAUGGGGAGAGGAGAUAAGGUGUAUGCAUAUUUGCAUAAGCUGAGAACCGCCGUGAGGAGCGUCAGUGAGUCGACUGCGGAGAUUAUUGAGGGUUGGUUCUGCGGUGAAGCGGCUUCGGAGGUGGGCGGUGUGGAUUGUUGUUUGGGUGCGAUUGAAGAGGUGGCAUUGAAGAACGGGGGUGGUUGGCACGGGCAAGGGUGGAUUGGGAAAGGGAAGUGGUUGGUUUGUAGAGCCAAAGUUGAUUCGAGUGGCCAAUGUGGUUCUUGCAGGGAGCAGUUGGCUACUGUUGACAUUGAUAGGGCUGAGACGGAGACGUUUUUAGAGUCAGUUGCGGCCAUGGCAAUGGAAAGGGAAGUCCGGUCCAAUUUUCGGGAGUUUCAGGAUUGGCUGGACAAGCAUGAUGAUUAUGAAGCUAUUGUGGAUGGAGCAAAUAUUGGGCUCUACCAACAGAAUUUUGCCAACGGUGAAUUUAGUAUCCCUCAGCUUGAUGCUGUUGUGAAAGAAUUGUAUGAUAGGAGCCAAAAGAAGCGGCCUCUAGUCAUCUUGCACAAUAAACGUUUUCGGAAACUUUCAGAAAAUGCUUCCAAUCGAAAGCUGCUUCAGGAGUGGUUGACGCAAGGUGUGCUUUACACGACACCAAAUGGAUCCAAUGAUGAUUGGUAUUGGCUCUAUGCUGCUGUAAAACUCAAGUGUUUGCUUGUGACAAAUGAUGAAAUGCGAGAUCACAUUUUUGAACUCCUAGGAAGCAGCUUUUUUCUCAAAUGGAAAGAAAGACAUCAAGUAUGUGCUGUCUAA